GUCGACAUGGUGUUUUGCUGAUGGAGUUGACUGAUCAAUGAGAUUACUGAAUUUGCAAAAGGAAGAGCUAGCAUAUUCUUAUCAGAGAAAGCAUUAGAUGCAGGGGUAAGGAGAAGAAAGGCUGAAGAUUUGUGAAUGUGAAUGAAGAUGAGGAGAUCAUGCUUUCCGAGAUGUGGGUUUGCAAGAAUAAUGGGCUGGCUUCGGAUUGUACUGGGAAUGCUUGUUAUAAUUGUAAGUAUAUCAAGUCUCUUCAGGUUCUACUCUGCUGGAUUCUUUGUGCACAAUGAAGACAUAUGCCGCCAUUUUUAUGGCAUCAAGGAUGUUUACGAAGGAUUCGAUGUAAGAGCCUUAAAUGAUCGAGUUGCAGAAGUACUAAGAACGAUGGAGAGCCUUCAGGAAAAGCUAGAGACGACUCUGCAGCAGAUGGAGAAGAACAAAGAUGUUUUGGAUCAGACUAAUAUGACAAGAUUGGAGCAUAAGAAGUAUUUGGAGGUGGAAGUGCUCAGGCCUCUUUACAGUGCACACAUUGCUCUCAGACAGAUUCGGCUGCCUAAGAUUGAAGGCAAUGGAAACGGUACCCUGAAAGAGGAACCUUUGAUUAAUACAUUUAUCACAGAGGAAAUCCGGAAGUAUAUAACUCCCAAAGAGAACAGAAUUGUGAAGGUUAACUUUUAUGGAACAGAGAAGAUAUACAAUACCAUAGGGCAUGCAUGUGUUUUGAUGAAGAAGGAACUGCAGGAGUACAUGGACUAUGAUAUAGGAUCAUACUGUAAAGAUGAUUGGAAUCUAGCUCAGAAGCUUAUGGUUGGCAGUUGCGAUCCCUUGCCCCGAAGGCGGUGCUUGACAAGGGCUUCCAAGGUGUACCAGAAGCCAUAUCCUAUCAAUGAGUCUCUGUGGAAGCUACCUGAUGACAGAAAUGUAAGGUGGGGUGGUUACAAGUGUAGGAAUUUCGGUUGCUUAUCAAGCAAGAAUCCCAAGCGAGGUUAUACGAAGUGCACUGGAUGUUUCGAGAUGGAAAAGGAGAAGCUCAAGUGGGUAGCUAAUAGCUCAUCACUCCCUGUUGAUUUCCUGAUAAGAGAUGUCCUGGCCAUUAAGCCAGGCCAGGUAAGGAUUGGUCUAGACUAUGGUGUUGGCACUGGGACUUUCGCUGCCAGGAUGAGAGAGAUGAAUGUUACAAUCAUCUCAACCGCUUUGAAUCUAGGGGCUCCUUUCAAUGAGAUCAUUGCACUUAGAGGCUUGAUUCCGCUAUAUGCAACACUGAACCAACGCCUUCCAUUCUUUGAUAACACGAUGGACUUGAUUCAUACAACCGGGUUCUUGGAUGGCUGGAUUGACCUUCUUUUGAUGGAUUUCAUCCUUUAUGAUUGGGACAGGAUUUUGAGGCCAGGAGGAUUGUUGUGGAUCGACAGGUUCUUCUGUAACAAAAAGGACCUGGAUGACUACAUGUACAUGUUUCUGCAGUUCAGGUACAAGAAACACAAGUGGGUCCUUGCCCCUAAAUCAAAAGAUGAAGUCUACCUUUCUGCAGUGUUAGAGAAACCUCCUCGAGCUAUCUGAUCGUAGUAUGUCCCUAUGUUCCUCUCUGUUUCAGUCGUUAGCCUCUAGCUGUUAAUAGAUAAGUUUCUGUACACUGGAAAAGAUAUGAUCCUGAAUCUUUGUUUGACAGACUGACAUUUUCUACUUGACUGGUGUUUUAAAUAAUGAA